UUGCUUCCGGCCUAAGAAUGGGAAGCAGCGCCCUCUCUGGGGCGGGAGAGAACUGACGCUGUUGCUGGGAAUAUGGCGGCGGCGGCGGCGACCAUCCCGUCUUCAGCUCCGUCUUCGGCCACGGCGACAGCCGCCGCGGCGGCUCUCGGGGAGGUAGAAGAUGAAGGGCUCCUGGCGUCGCUGUUCCGGGACCGCUUCCCGGAGGCCCAGUGGCGGGAGCGGCCCGACGUGGGGCGCUACCUCCGGGAGUUGAGUGGCUCUGGGCUGGAGCGGCUGCGACGCGAGCCAGAACGCCUGGCGGAGGAGCGGGCCCAGCUGCUGCAGCAGACCCGCGAUCUGGCCUUCGCCAACUACAAGACCUUCAUCCGCGGCGCCGAGUGCACGGAGCACAUCCACGGCCUCUUUGGCAACGUGGAGGCGUCACUCGGCCGCUUGCUCGAUCGCUUGCCCAGCUUCCAGCAGAGCUGCAGGAACUUUGUGAAAGAAGCUGAAGAGAUCAGCUCUAACCGUCGGAUGAACACCUUGACUCUAAACCGGCACACAGAAAUCCUGGAGAUCCUGGAAAUCCCCCAGCUCAUGGACACCUGUGUCCGGAACAGCUAUUUUGAAGAAGCCCUGGAGCUUGCAGCCUAUGUACACCGACUGGAAAGGAAAUACUCCUCCAUCCCUGUCAUCCAGGGCAUUGUGAAUGAAGUGCGCCAGUCCAUGCAGCUUAUGCUAAGCCAGCUGAUCCAACAACUGAGGACCAAUAUUCAGCUCCCCGCCUGUCUCCGUGUUAUUGGCUUCCUGCGGCGCAUGGAUGUCUUCACCGAGGCUGAGCUGAGAGUGAAGUUUCUUCAGGCCCGAGAUGCUUGGCUCCGUUCCAUCCUGUCUGCCAUCCCCAAUGAUGAUCCCUAUUUUCACAUCACAAAAACCAUUGAGGCAUGCCGUGUACAUCUGUUUGACAUCAUUACCCAAUACCGUGCCAUCUUCUCAGAUGAGGAUCCACUGCUGCCCCCUCCCAUGGGGGAGCACACCGUGAACGAGAGUGCCAUCUUCCAUGGCUGGGUGCUGCAGAAAGUCUCACAAUUCUUGCAGUUGCUGGAGACAGACCUUAAUCGGGGGAUAGGCGGCCGCCUGGACUCUCUGCUGGGCCAGUGCAUGUACUUUGGGCUGUCCUUCAGCCGAGUGGGGGCUGAUUUCCGGGGUCAGUUGGCUCCUGUUUUCCAGCGGGUGGCCAUCAGCACUUUCCAGAAAGCAGUUCAAGAAGCGGUGGAGAAGUUCCAGGAUGAAAUGAAUUCCUACACCCUCAUCUUGACUCCAGCCAUCCUGGGCAGCAGUAACUUGCCUGCAGCUGAGCCAGUUGCUCAGCCGGGGACCCUGCAGCCACCCAUGGUGCUAUUAGACUUCCCACCACUGGCCUGCUUCCUCAACAGUAUUCUGGUUGCCUUCAACGAUCUCCGCCUCUGCUGCCCUGUGGCCCUGGCGCAGGAUGUGACCAUGGCCCUAGAACAGGCCCUUGCCAAGGUAACCAAAAUAAUCCUGGCCUUCCACCGUGCGGAAGAGGCUGCCUUCACCAGUGGAGAGCAAGAACUCUUCGUCCAGUUCUGUACUGUCUUCUUGGAAGACCUCGUUCCAUAUUUAAAUCGUUGUCUCCAAGUCCUCUUUCCACCAGCUCAGAUAGCACAGACCUUAGGUAUUCCACCCACUCAGCUCUCCAAGUAUGGAAACCUUGGCCAUGUGAACAUGAGCUUCGUCCAGGAGUCUCUGGCUUUUAUCCUGCCCAAGAGAGAGAUGGUCUUCUGUCUAGAUGAAAAGGGGCUGGUGUCAGAGCUCACAGCGCCAGAACUCCCCGAUGAGGAUCCCAGCCUCGACUCUCGCGGUGCGGCCUUCCCCGAGUGUGAGCAGGCGCAGGAGGAUCCAGCGGAGCCACCGCAGGCCUCCGAGCCCAGUGCAGACUCCUAACAGCCUCCCCUGACCGGCAAGUCUGCCCAGCGGCUGAGACUGGGUGAGGCUCGUGAUGCAGGCCUGGCAAGGCACGGGCGGUGCCAGGGGAGUAGCUGCGCGGGCGCGCACGAGAGCAAAGUACUGGGCGAGGCCCGGGUCCGCCCGUGAAUGGUUGACUAUUCAGUAAGAAGUGCAAUUCAAUAAAGCUGAUCGACUUGU